AUGGCAGCGAGCGGCGACCAACCUUGGGUGUUCCAUGCGUCCCACCGUCUUCGACUUGCUGGUCGUGGCUUUCGCGCGACGCACGGAAGUGGCCAGCGCUUGGCUGCCUCGAGCAGCCCAUGGCCUCAACCUAGUCUUGCCGUGUCCCGGCAGCAUGGGCAUCCCCGACGACCGACCACAGCGUCGUCGUUGGACGAAGGAAGCGCUGGCCGAAGCACACAUGCUCUGCGCGAGCGUGGAGCAGGUGUGGCCGCGUCGGCAUCAUCCAUCGCCACCCUGAACCCCGAGGCUUGGGGCCGCACACCUGGCUGCCCUCUGCUUCUCCGCGCUCGCGAAGCAGGUCGAAACGAAGAUGCCGACACCCGACAAGAGCCGAUUUCAUUUGCUCCCACUCCGCAAGCGCAGACGGGCGACGGUCCGCCAUGGGGGUUUGCUGUCCCUUUUCUGUGCAAAGUACCUACUUACACUACAAGUGCACACACUGCGCAAGUGCGGUACGUGUGUACAUCAGUAUGCCGUAUGGGUGCUAGCACCGUGCAAGUCGGUACGGCGAGCCAGCCAGCCAGCCAGCCAGCCAGCCAGUCAGCCAACAAGCCAGCCAUCGGCGACACGGCGUCGAUUGCUUGGCUGGCGCGACCAUGCGAUUCCUGGGAACCUCCGCCGCACGUCGAACCCGAACCGGCUCCGAGAUGGGCCGUUUCGAGGUCCAAGUCAGGGUGA